AUGUUUUGCUGUGGAAUAUGCAAGAAUUAUAGCGAUGAUGAUAAAACUGACAUUUCGAAAUACGAUCAAAGAUUAAAGGCCCGCAAAAAGAAAAAAAAAGCCAGAGAAAACGCACCACCAAAAGAAAAAAAGGAGAGCGCACAGUCGGAGAGAAGAAGCCUCAAAGACAUGCUUCAGUUUAGACGAUCAUCGGAUUCUUAUGAAGAAAUAACGAAAGAAACAUCACCGGAGUCGUAUAACUCAGAAAACGAAGAAAAAGAAUGGCCACCGAUCGGGUGCGUGAGCCUCAGCGCACCGCAAACUCCAGACUUCAGGCCCAGGCCAGGGCCUCCUGAUGAGCUGGCAAUACCUCCGCCGACCGUCUCUAUUUGGAGAUUGAUGUGGCCACCUCACAAUCCGAAUCCGAGGAAGAAACGUCGACGUCGUCCUCGUCGUCCGCCCAAGAAAAAGCGUAAGAAGAAAAAGCCCCCUAAAUACAGAACGAUCAAACCUUGCGUCGUGAAGUACUACAGCGAAGAUUUGUACGAUAUACCCGCUAAAUAUCGUCCGUAUGAGUUUAUAGACGAGCCAUAUUCAGAAUUCUGGAAAUACAAACAUCUGACCGUUCAGUCGCCGCUGGAAUUCCCUGAGGGAUGUAUAAGCCUCAGCUCUCCGAAGACGAAGGAUUUCCGCGAGUCGAGCAGCACGAUAUCGGUUUUGGAAACGCCACCUCCGCCUUGUUGUAAUUACAAGGAUAUACCGAUUCAGAAAAUCAGGAGUCCUUCUCCUUCGCCGGAGCCGAUCCCGGAACCUCCGGUACCGGUUCUCAAGCUUAUGGAGAAGGCUCCAAAAAGGCCGCCCAAAUUUCGAGGAAAGGUGGCUCCCUGCAACUUGCAGGACAUUAGGAGAGAAUUCCCCGGUUACACGCCGUGCCCUCCUGAAGGGAAAAGGAAAACUACAACCAGUACCACUAAAAAGUUCAUAAGCGAAACACAAUCUCCCGAAAUAGAAUCUUCAAUACCGAUUAACUUUACAAAAAGGCCAUCUUCUCAGGCUAAAUUUCUCCGCUAUAAGUAA